UGGUGCGAAUGGACCGGAGCCUCCUGCCUGAGGGGAGCAGGUCAAACAGACUGUGUCCAGGGUGAGAAGGGUCAGCAUACUGCCUUAACUCAGGCCAGAAUCCAUAUGUUUGUGUUCUCAAUCACUCCUGAAAAUUCCAUUUUCUGAGCCAUGAAAAAAAAUUGUUGUGGGAUUUUCACCUUGGACUUUGAUUUUGAUGCAACCCCCACAGAGUACCAUUUCUAAAAUAAGUCACACAUUAACCUCCUUGACUGCCAGACCAAUCAGCUUCAGUUAUGACAGCUGUAAAGCUGCAUCUUUAUCUUUAUGAGUUUUGAAACACUGUGGUUUUCUUGCAGAUUUGAAACUGUAAAAGUCAUGCCUCUCUUGGAAUUUUUAGCUGGGAGCAUUUCAGGUGCACUGGGAAUUGCAGUAGGACAUCCGUUAGACACUGUGAAGGUACGUCUCCAAGCCCAGUCUGUGUAUAAAGGGAUAUUUCACUGUGUGAUUAAAACAUACUCUCAUGAAGGGCUCCAUGGAUUCUUUAAGGGCAUGGCAUUUCCUGUGCUGACCACUGGCAUCACCAACUCCGUUGUCUUUGGCUGUUACAGUAAUGCUUUAGGUUACCUCACUAAGUCUCAGCGCAGUCGAGGCAAACCGGCCUCUGCUGCACAGGUCUUCACUGCUGGCUGCUUCUCAGGCCUGGUGCAGGUGUCGGUUUCUGCACCCAUUGACCUGGUCAAGGUGCGUCUUCAGGGUCAAUCGACAUCAACACGAUAUCGCGGACCCGUGCACUGCGUCGCUGUCAUCGUGAGGGAGGAGGGGCUCAGGGGUCUGUACAGAGGAGGCCUGGCCCUCACUCUGAGGGACGUCCCCUGCUAUGGGCUCUACUUCUUACCUUACGAGGUCACUCGUAAGGUUCUCACUCAAGAUGGCAAAGAGCCAGGCACCUUUGUGAUAUUGGUGGCAGGUGGAUUCGCAGGUGUGGUGACCUGGUCCUUCGCCACGCCCAUGGACGUCGUGAAAGCUCGGCUCCAGAUGUCGGGGGCCGGCGGGCGGGAGUACGGCGGCGUCCUGCACUGCAUGAGAGUGAGCGUGAGGGAAGAAGGAGUGAGGGUGUUUUUCAAAGGCCUCCUGCUGAACAGCCUGAGAGCAUUUCCGGUCAACGCUGUCACAUUCCUCAGCUACGAGAGCCUGAUGAAGAUUUUUUAUCCACCACGAGCCAGUCACUCUUCACAGUAAAGGGAUGGAGACACUGACUUCAAGGAUAAAAUAUCUUUGAGACGAUUUCAGUAUAAAGAGUGUUCUCAGUUACUAAAUGCUGUUUUUAAACUGCCUGUAGAAUAAGUCAAAGCAUCAGAAACCUGGGAACACUUUAAAUUCAACCUACUGGUGAGGAAAGAUUAGCUGCUGCCAGUGAGCCUCCUGCUACACGAGUAUACACACUUUAGAUCAAAACUGCUACAGUCAACAUUUCUGCAUUAACAGCAUAUCACAAUAAAAGUGAUGACUUGAAAUGACUCCA